CCGGCCGCCAUUGCCUCGUGCCCGCGCUGGUCGGUUGGUGGCGCCUUUGUCCUACGGCGGGCAGGUGGGCUGAGGCCGAGGCGGUAGCGGCGGGUCUGAGGCGGAGAAGCGGCGGGGAGGCGGCCGCGCUGGUAGCGAUAUUAAUAAGGCAGCGGAAAGAAGAAAUAUGAAUACGGCUCCAUCAAGACCCAGCCCCACACGAAGGGAUCCAUAUGGCUUUGGAGAUAGUCGAGAUACAAGGCGUGAUCGCUCUCCAAUUCGAGGAAGUCCCAGACGAGAACCAAGGGAUGGCAGAAAUGGCCGGGAUACCCGGGAUAGCAGAGACAUUCGAGACCCUCGGGAAUUGCGGGACCACAGAGACAGCCGGGACAUUCGAGAUCACAGAGACAGCAGAAGUAUACGUGAUGCUCGGGACCUGAGAGAUUUUCGGGACUUUCGUGACCUAAGGGACUCUAGAGAUUUUCGAGAUCAUCGAGACCCCGUGUAUGACAGAUACAGAGACAUAAGAGACUCCCGAGACCCUCUGUACAGGAGAGAAGGCUCUUAUGACCGCUAUCUGCGGAUGGAUGACUACUGCCGGAGAAAGGAUGAUUCUUAUUUCGACCGCUACAGAGAUAGCUUUGAUGGACGAGGCCCCCGAGCUAAAGAGCGUUUGAAACGUGAGGAACGGCGUAGAGAAGAGCUUUAUCGUCAGUAUUUUGAGGAAAUCCAGCGGCGCUUUGAUGCCGAGAGGCCUGUGGAUUGCUCUGUUAUUGUGGUCAACAAACAGACUAAGGAUUAUGCUGAGUCUGUGGGGCGGAAGGUACGAGACCUUGGCAUGGUUGUAGACCUGAUCUUCCUCAACACAGAGGUGUCAUUAUCACAAGCGCUGGAGGACGUCAGCCGGGGAGGGUCUCCCUUUGCCAUUGUCAUCACCCAGCAGCACCAGAUUCACCGCUCCUGUACAGUCAACAUCAUGUUUGGAACUCCACAAGAGCAUCGCAACAUGCCCCAGGCAGAUGCCAUGGUGCUGGUGGCCAGAAAUUAUGAACGCUACAAGAAUAACUGUCGGGAGAAGGAACGUGAGGAGAUUGCCCGACAGGCAGCCAAGAUGGCUAAUGAAGCCAUUCUACAGGAACGAGAUCGUGGAGGCCCAGAGGAGGGCGGUCGUGGGGGGCACCCUCCAGCCAUUCAGAGCCUCAUCAACCUCCUGGCAGACAACAGAUACCUCACUGCAGAGGAGACAGACAAGAUCAUUAACUACCUGCGUGAGCGGAAGGAGCGGCUCCUGAGGAGCAGCGCCGACUCUCUGCCUGGCCCGAUUUCCCGCCAGCCACUCGGGGCGGCCUCGGGUACCUCGCUGAAGACACAAGCAAGUUCCCAACCGCUUCAGAGUGGCCAAGUGCUCCCCUCUGCUACACCCACUCCAGCCGCACCCCCCACCUCCCAGCAAGAGCUUCAGGCCAAAAUCCUCAGCCUCUUCAAUAGUGGCACAGUCUCGGCCAACAGCAGCUCUGCAUCCCCCUCGGUUGCUGCCGGAAGCUCCCAGAACCAGAAUUUUUCCACAGCAGCAAACAGCCAGCCUCAGCAAAGACCACAGGCCUCAGGAAGUCAGCCUCCAAACCUUGUGGGACAGGCGGGGUCUGCUCGGAGCAUGGGCCCCAGGCCUGGGGCUCCUUCCCAAGGCCUCUUUGGUCAGCCUUCCAGCCGCCUGGCACCUGCCAGCAACAUGGCUAGCCAGAGGCCUGUAUCUUCUACAGGUAUUAACUUUGACAAUCCAAGUGUACAGAAGGCUCUGGACACCUUGAUCCAGAGUGGCCCUGCCCUUUCCCACCUGGUUAGCCAAACUGCUGCACAGGUGGGGCGGCCCCAGGCCCCCAUGGGAUCAUACCAGAGGCAUUACUGAGGCUCCAACGGUCCACUGUCCCUAGUCCCCCUUUUCCCUGGCCCCUCCCACCUCAACCUAAGUAGAGAUGUUUGGAAGUGUUCUUCUCACUCUCUGGGUCAACAUCAGAUACCCUGAGUUUCUUGCACCGCUCCUUCCUGCGGCUGUUGCUUACCACUUAACAGAAUCAGAACUUAGACUGCUUUUGGGACUGUAUCUUUUGUUUGGGUAGAAAAUAAGUAUUUCUGGGGUCUAUGCUCAGCGUCUUCUGAUGGGGUACUCUGACCCCUGCCUGGAGCUGGAGGAAAAAAGGAAGAAGCCAAACCCCAGCUGCCCCAGUUUGGACACCACUUGUGGGAUCAGUUGUGACAGACAGCUUUGUUUGCACCUCCACACAUCAGCCAGAACUGAGCUGCCGGCUCACACAGGAGCAGUUUGGCCUUGGCCGGCCGUGUCAUCACGAGAAUGGAACUCCACUCAAGGACUCACAUGGCCACCCUGAACUGGGGAAGCGUGGCGUGGCAGCUACCAAGAGUGGACUCUUGUGCCUGCGUCAGAAUGGUCCCUUGCGGGUUGGUUUGGUUUUGUAGUUUUCCAUUUUCCUGGAGGGUCUCCAGAUGACCAAGUGGCUCACUCAGCAGUUUGACAGAACUGUGACCGGGACCCACUGCUCUCCACAGCAUUAGUCAGCACUUUGUGCCCAGCGGCACUGACGGGGCAGCCCCAGUCUCUGGCACUGAACACCCAUGUUUUCAGUGGUUUAUUUGGAGCCUUAGGCUUUUGUUUUCAUCCAGACUCUUGUUUUUCUGAUGAGCAGGAGGUAGGGACCAUUUGAUGUUAGACUAUAGUAGUUGGAUAUGUUCUCAGACGGACAGCAUUCAUAACUUUUGAGACAGAGUGGCACUUGGAUGGCUCUGACUGCCACCCUGAACGGAUGGAUCCAAAGGAAAACCCCUUUUCUUUUGGGAAAACUGAUCAUUAGAAGCCUGUGGCUCAGAUCUGUGAGAGAGAAAGGAGGCCUGGCAGAACAAGCAAGAAUGGUAGUUCCAGCUGAGCCCCUGCCAGGCUGAGCAAACCAGUUUCAAAGCCCGAGGUCCCCAAACAGCAGCAGUUUAUGUUCUGAUCUGUUUGUUAUAUGGUGGGUUCCCCCCCCCCCUUUGGAACUCUUGUGUUGUUGAUAAAAUGAAAUAAUUACUUUUUAAUUAAAAUAAGAAAGUCA